AAGGAAGUGUAGCAUCUGAUAGGGGAAGCAGAUGAUUGCAUUUUUAUCUGUAAACGUUGCAGGAUGCAAAUUUCGACAUUUACUUAAUGCAAUACACUACAGUAGUAUAGAUCUACAGUCUGUAUCAAUGCUAUAAGACAUUUAUUUUUAUUUUAUAUAGUUAAGGGGAAGUAGCAUGUGCUUCCCCUACUGACUGUAUUAUUUUAUACUAUUGUCUUUACUAGUAAGUGCUGUCAUUUAUAAAUAGUGUUCCGAAGCACUCUCUCACGUCAACUGUGUUAUUUUCAAGUUUUGUCUGCGUCGAUAGGGGCUGAGUGACAUCACAAGCGGUAGAAACACAUGCAUGAGGGCAGAACUUCCCCUUCCCUUCAUCACAAUACCUACCCAGAACACCACACCACACCAGACGCUACCAACUCAUGCAAACACACUCAAACAAACCACAUUGAUGCAAACUUGCUCACAUGCACAUGCUGAUAGUUAGGACUCUACUGCUGCAACAGGAAGGUUUACUGCUGACCCCGCUUGCCACUACACAGCUCGAGGAGGAGAGCGUGUGUGUGUCAGUCUGCUGUUUACAGAGACGUGUGAAGCUGCUGGAGCAUGCGGUCGCUCCUGGUCGCUCCUGGUUCUGACCUUUCAUCACAAGUCCCCUGCACGCUGAUUGUUUAGGGAGACAACAAGGAGCAAAAAAGGUGUUCAGGGUGUGUAAGUGACAUGAUGAAGGACUGAUCAUAGCACAGGGUUGUGAGUGAUGCCACCAUUGUCUGUGUGAGAGAGGAAAUGACCAUGAAUGCUUCUGGAGCGUGGGAGGAGUCCCUGACCAACUCCUCCUCAUGUGGACACAACAUGACCAGCUGGGACCACCGCAUGGAGAAGAUGUACACGUACUUCUACCUGCUGCUCUUCAUCCCCGGACUGCUGCUCAACACCACCGCUCUCUGGGUCCUCUGCAGACACAUCAGUAAGAAGACCAAGGCGGUGAUCUUCAUGAUUAACCUGGCGUUCGCAGACCUGGCCCACAUCCUCUCUCUCCCCCUCAGGAUUUAUUAUUACUUCACACACACCUGGCCUUUUGGACGAGGCCUCUGCUUGUUCUGCUUCUACCUCAAAUACCUCAACAUGUACGCCGCCAUAGGGUUCCUGGUGUGUAUCAGCGUGCAGAGGUGUGUGUUCCUGCUCGACCCGUUCGCAGCUCGCCGGUGGAGGCGGCGCUACGACCUGUUGAUCAGCAUCAUAGUGUGGGUGGUGGUGGGUCUGGGCUGCUCGCCUUUCAUCCUGAUGCGGAGCAGCAGCAGCAGCAGCAGCAGCAGCCCCGACAACAGCAUCCUGGAUGUCACUUCUACCCAGAAUCCUUUAGGCUACAACAAGCUUACGGUGCCACCUUUGAGUACGACCCUCAGCAGUCUGGUCUCCAGUCCCGGCUCGACCAAAGCGGGCUGCUUCAAGGACCUGCCCAUGCGUCCCCUGCCCCUCCCGCUGGCGGUCGCCAUGAUGGCUCUAGCUGAGCUGUUUGGCUUCUUAAUCCCUUUGGCGUGCGUCAGUUUCAGCUCCAUCCGCAUCGUCUAUUCUCUGAACCAAAGACACAAGGAUCAGACAUUCAACUCCUCAGCACGCGGCCGAAUCCAGUCGGUCAGCUCCACCUGCCAGACAGAUAAACAUCACGAGAGGCAGACCAACGCUGAGAAGCGGCGAGCUCUACUGAUGGUGCUGAGCUGCUCUGCCCUCUUCUUGUUCUGCUUCGUCCCCUAUCACGUCAACUUCCUGCUCUACCUGAUGGUGUCGCAGAAGAUAGUGACCAACUGUGUCACGGUGCUGGCUGUGCGUCAGUUCCACCCGGUGUCUCUGUGCCUGGCCAGCCUGAGCUGCUGCCUCAACCCUCUGCUUUAUUACUUUCUAACUGCUGAGUUCAGGUUGCACCUCACCAGGCGCACCUCCUCCUUCACCGCCUCGCUGCUCUCCUCCCCGAUCAGCUCCCCGAUAAACCGUCCCGCACAGCAGAGAAUGACGAGCAUGGAGAGUAGCUGCUCAGACAGGGAGUAGCAUCGUUCAGAGGCUCAGGGAAUGACACGGCUAAACAUGACAGAUGAUGCAUCCUGCUCAACUCAUAAACAGACUGAUAACGAGAUGAGUUCACAUGCUGCAGCUGUCUGAACACAAACUGACCCAAAGAGUUUUAACCUCAAUGUGAAGAAGCUCCCAGAGGAACAAACACAUCUUCAAUCACCAGCUGAUGAUAUGAUGUCUGUGUUAAAUAUUGUAAACAAUAUCAAUGUGAAUAUCAUCUCAGUCGCCUUAUGCAUAAGCUACAGCUUGUUGUUUAACUUCAGAAAAAUUGCAAAUGCAACAAUCAGGAAUGUACAAGAAUGAAAAGUAUAUCAUGCAUUAGUUACAACUGAGAUAUCUCAAUCAUCGUGAUUUAUGAGUAAUUAAUGAUGUUCAACUUCUAGCUAGAGGCUACACAGUCGUGUAGUGGUUGGCUCACAGCAAGAGGGUCGCCAGUUUGACUCUGGCCUGCAGCUCUUCUUUGUGGAGUUUGCCUGUUGUCAGCGUGGGUACUCCAGCUUCCUCCCACAGUCCAAAAACAUGCACUUUCAGGUUUAAUUAGUGACUCUAAAUUGCCCGUAGGAGUGAAUGACAGCGUGAUUGUCAGUCUCUAUGUGUCAGCCCUGUGAGAGACCUGUCCAGGGUGUACCUGCCUCUCGCCCAAUGUAGCUGGGAUCAGCUCCAGCCCCCCACGACCCGAGUGCGGAUAAGCGGUGAAGAAUGAAUGAAUGAAUGAAUUAACUUCUAGCAACUUUUUCAAGACUUCAUCAUGUUUGUGGCCCUUCAAAUUAAGUGGUGACCUGGUCCAUCACUGAAAAAUAACACAGAAGUUCUCUAAUCUUUUUCCACCGAACGACCC